AGGGUUCACCACAUUGCUAGCUUCUCUCACGUUUGGAUUUUCUGUGCUUGUUGUUAGUGUUCAUUUGUGCCUUUGUUAUUACAAUCCAUUUGUUAUGUUCGGAUAUUUUGCUUAGCAUUGCUAUUGUUGUUUCAGUGCCAACUCAAGGGAAGCCGGUUUGGAACGUAAUUUCGAUGUAGAUAUUUUGGUGUUUGGGUCAGUGUGGUGUUAAAGUUUGUAGAGAACGGAAGUGUAAUGGUUGGAGCGCUAACUUCAUUGAAAACGCGUUUCUCUAACAUUUAUUGAAAAGUUUUAUUCAUACAUACAAAUAUUCAAUGCUUAGUGCAAUUUAUGUGAAAAAUGCUAACGAAAUUUGAAUUGCUAAAAAAUGUGCAUAAAAAUAACGAAUAAGAAAGAAAUAUCGUCCAUAUAAUUGAACGUAGUGUAAAUAUAACGUACUACGAAUAAUACGUACAUACUUAUGUAUGUAUGCAUACAUAUUAUAUUCGUGUGCGUGCAAUACAAGCAGAAAUACAUGUGAAUCGUUUGUUUGUGUUCGUUUUAUGCAGCUGUGUGUGAGUUUCACCAUUUUUGUGUUUUAAGCGUAGUGUUGUUUAUUACAAAAUGUCCCGGGAAGAGGAAGAGGAGGAAGUUCGUUCGCUGCUUUUGCGGCAUAAGGAUCGCAUAAUACUCGAUUUGUGUGAAACGGAUCUUCUGACGAUCCUUGUAAAGAACUCUGUGCUAACACAGUCCGAGGAAGAUUUGCUUUUGAAAACGUAUUCUACGGCAUCUGCUCCGUCCAGUGCUCCACCUAGCGCUGUGGUCAUAAAACGAAAAUUGAGUACGGCUGUUAGCAGCGGCAGCGGCAGUAGCAGCAACACAGUUACUAGUUACGGCGAUGGUGUUGUCGGUGAGGAAGGCUGCUCUAGUGCUGCUGGAUGCAGUAGUAGUAAUUCUCGUAGUGCUAGUGUGAUUGGCGACAAUGCUCAAAGUGAUAAUCGUUCCGUUACACCGUCACUUGUGAAUAUCAGCGGAACAGAUGGCAACAUUGGUACUAGAACAGACCAAAGUGAAAAUAAUUGUGAUGAAGAUUUAAAAUUGAAUGUAAACUCAUUAAAUGACGCUGACAUAUAUGAGGAGCAGUCUAAAAACUUAAUAGAAAUUAUCGCCAAAGGUGGAUUUAUUAAAUUCAAGCAGUUCUGCUAUGCAAUUGAUAAUGAAUGCCCGAAACUUAUUGAGGAUCUAUUCAAUGAUAAGGCGAAAUGUGAUGCGGCAGUUAAUAACACCUCUCCGUGUGAAGAUAAAAUUCAAAAAGAAUUGGAGCCCAUCGAAUACAUAGACAAAGAAAAGGAAAACGAUCGUAGUCGUCGAGCAGUUAGCUAUGGCGGUACAAGCCAUGAUGUCGGUUCGUUGCCACGUGCUGCGCCCCGCCGAAUAUCACUUAUGAAAGAGCCUCCUCCACCUCCACCACCAAAGCCAGCGCAACUUAUGCCAGUAAAUAAUGACUCGGGCACCCCACUUCUGCCAAGUAAAUACGAGCAGUCUGACUAUAAUCUAAUACAAAAAGUCGACUCUAAUAGCGGCUUAACAACGACCGCCCAAUAUCAAUUGCCGAAUUUUUAUGUUAACGCCAGGGAGUGUACAGAAGGCUAUGCAAUGACCAACAACAGUAAUAAUUACUCGUCGUUGCUAUGCCAUGGCAACUCUGCAUCCAGCCCAACUGCUGUGCGUAAGCGUGAGAAACUGCUUCAUCGGUUUAGUGACGCUGCCACAUUGGGCCGGAAAUUGAAGAAGAAAAAGAAUACAAAUAGAACGUGCCGUUCGAUGACUGAAGCCAUAGAGAUGCUCGCAGAUCCCGUCAUAGAGGAUGAAUUCUUUGGUGAUCGUACAACAUGGGAAUACCAUACAGUUUCUGUGACACGUGUUCCGGGAUAUGGAUUCGGCAUUGCAGUCUCAGGCGGUCGCGACAAUCCGCAUUUUGCUAACGGCGAUCCAUCUAUAGCUGUAAGCGACGUUUUAAAGGGUGGUCCUGCUGAAGAUCGUUUGCAAGUUAACGAUCGCAUAAUAUCGGUGAAUGGUGUGUCGUUGGAGAAUGUAGAAUAUGCGACUGCUGUACAAGUCUUAAGGGAUAGCGGAAACACCGUGGCGCUUGUGGUUAAACGACGAGUGCCUAUAAGUGCCAUUGCACAGAAUCAUCAUUCCCAUAGCAUGAGCUCGGUAGGAAUGGCUGCGUCGAAUGUAAAUGGCGCACAAAUUCCCCCAGCGAGUUCAAUACCGAACACCAUGAGUCAAUCGAAUUCCACGAAUACUGCAUUUGUGCAAAACAAUACAGCGCAACCCAUCAAAGUUACACUCUCCAAAGGUAAUAAAAAAGAGGACUAUGGCAUUGUGCUUGGCUGCCGAUUAUUCAUCAAGGAAAUUUCAACGAAAGCGCGCGACCAAUUAACGGCCAAUGGCUACUCACUACAGGAAGGUGAUGUAAUUACAAGAAUACAUAACACAAAUUGUGGAGAUACAAUGAAUUUAAAAGAGGCCAAAAAAAUCAUCGAUGGCUGUAAGGAGCGCCUAAACUUGGUGGUUCUACGCGAUAUUACGAAUCAGGCUGUAACAGCAAUGACCAAUCAACUAAAUAACUCAGCAACACAAUCGAAUUUAUAUGUCAGUCACCAAGCACAGAUUUCCAAUUGCAGUAAUAAUUUGGAUGAUCCAUAUUUGGGAGGAGCGAAUUACUCAUCACAGAAUUUAUAUGUUCAACCGCCGACGCGUUCGAUGAUGAAUGGCGUAACGAAUGGACUAAAUGAUGAAAAAAGUAACCUAACGCCGCGAGGCCGUUCACGUGGUCCCAUCAUGGAUGGUGUUUCACUUUCACAGCUUGACCGCCCUGUAACCCCUCCAAAUGGUAAUCGUACACGAACCGAUGAGCCGCCACGACCACCACCUCCACGUGGCAGCGGUAAUGGCAGCACAGAGGACUUUUAUGGUACACGUCGGCAAAUUUUCGAGUCAGAACAAUUGUCACAUCCGAGGCAAUCGUCAGAGCCACGAUUUAUAUCGUUCCAAAAAGAGGGGAGUGUGGGAAUACGACUGACGGGUGGAAACGAAUCUGGAAUAUUUGUAACUGCCGUUCAACCUGGUUCCCCAGCCUCUUUGCAGGGACUUGCUCCUGGCGAUAAGAUACUGAAAGUUAACGAUAUGGACAUGCAUGGUGUAACUCGUGAAGAGGCAGUUCUUUUUCUGCUCAGCUUGCAAGAUCGUAUCGAUUUAAUUGUUCAAUUUUGUAAGGAAGAAUAUGAUGAAGUGGUGACGAACCAACGUGGAGAUUCUUUCCACAUUAAAACCCACUUUCACUGUGACAAUCCAUCGAAAGGUGAAAUGCCCUUCAAAGCAGGAGAUGUUUUUCGUGUAAUCGAUACACUACACAAUGGUGUUGUUGGCUCAUGGCAAGUGCUGAAAAUAGGUAGAGGGCACCAAGAGAUGCAACGCGGUGUUAUACCCAAUAAAUCGCGAGCUGAAGAGUUGGCAACUGCACAAUUUAAUGCAAAUAAGAAGGAAAUGAAUUCAAAUGAAUCUCGAGGAAAUUUCUUUAGAAGAAGAAGGUCUACUCAUCGACGUUCUAAGAGCCUUUCUAGAGAAAAUUGGGAUGAUGUCGUUUUCGCUGACAGCAUAUCAAAGUUCCCUGCAUAUGAACGAGUUGUUUUACGUCAUCCCGGAUUCGUUCGACCGUUGGUACUUUUCGGUCCAAUAUCUGAUUUGGCACGUGAAAAACUUGCUAAAGAUUUUGCCGACAAAUUUUCUGUACCUCUACAAGAUGACGAUAAAUCGAAUUCCAAAUGUCGAAUAGUGCGGUUGUCUAAUAUACGAGAUAUAAUGGAUCGCGGCAAGCACGCACUACUGGACAUAACUCCAAACGCGGUCGAUCGCCUAAACUAUGCGCAAUUCUAUCCAAUUGUUAUAUUCUUGAAAACGGACAGUAAACAUGUCAUAAAACAAUUGCGCCAUGGAUUACCGAAGUCGGCACACAAAAGCUCGAAGAAAUUGCUGGAACAAUGCCAAAAACUCGAACGUAUUUGGUCGCAUAUAUUCAGCACCCAGAUUGUAUUGAAUGAUGAGGAAUCGUGGUAUCGAAAGCUACGCGACGCAAUUGAUCUACAACAAAGUGGGGCGGUGUGGAUGUCUGAGUCAAAGCCUAUUGAAUCCCUGUCCGAUGAUUUCCUCUUCCCCAUGACCACCUCCCGUUUAUCGUAUGCAUCGAGUCCGGAAUCCGAUUUGGAAUUAAGUCCGGGACCGUCGACAUCAUUGUCUCUUGGCAAUUUGCCGCAAUUGGUCAAAUCGAGCUCAGAUCCAUCAAUUGCCACUAAUCAGGAUAACUUGGAUAGGGAUAGAGAUACAGUUGGUGAUGGACUACCACCUCCAUAUACGGUACCUUACGAACAUGCCGUUAAUGCGCCAACGAACCGUCGACAAACCAUUGAUGCCAAUAAGUAUGAGACAUAUGCAACACGAUCAAGCAUGAUUGGCGCCAGCGGUGGAGUGUCCGAUCCUUCAGCAAUACCUUCGACACGCCCACAAUCGUUAUAUGGAAUACAUGCGCCCGAUCUGCCACCGCGUAUCGAUCGUCAAUCAAAACCUGGUCUCGGUGAGAUACCUCCACCCUCCAGGACUAAUAGUUCGGGCGGAACAUUAGGCCGAUCAGCUCAGGAGCGUCUCUUCGGCAAAGCGAUUGUUAGCGACGAUGUGCAAGCUGAAUACAUAUCUCGAAAUGUCAACGACUCAAUCGAUCGCCAACACUCUUCUUUAGAGCGACAAGCACUUCUUAAUGCAGCCAUAUCUGGGCAACAAAGUAUUGGCCAGAAAGCUACACAGCCAAACGCCAGUUCGUACGACAGUAUGUCCAGUUAUGAUUCAUAUAAUGCUUCACAAUUAACUGUACAAAAUCUAGGCAGGCUUGGACCAAAUGCUCCCGAUGAUCUUAAGUCAGUGCCAAAUGCAAAUCGACCGCUACCACCAGUUGGAGUGAGUUCUCAAGGCCCGGACUAUGCCCGUACCAACCAUGAUCAUCGAAGUUUUCAAGGUUCCAAUGAUCUUAAUCGCCAAAGUAGUCCAGCCAGAGCUACUUAUCAUGAAGGCAGUACAGCUAGAAAUAUCGAUUCUCGUAGCGGACAAUUGCAAAGGCCCUCUAAUUUGGGGCUUGAGAAUAGUCCACGAAAACCGAUAGUUGAAACAAAAACCGACUAUGGAAAAUAUAGCCGCAAUAAUUCCGUAACACAAGCUGAUUACAACAAAUUGCCGAAGAACCCACAUAUAAUUGUACCGACACCGAAUAUAAAUAGCAAUAGCAGUAAUGGUCCAUCAACGAAUGGUACUGGUCCAUUUAAACCAGUUCCCCCACCCAAGCCGAAAAACUACCGCCCGCCAAUGCAAGGAGGUAACAGUACUGGCGGACAGUGGGAAAAUGUGGAAUCGAGCUCUCCGCGUUCACCGAAUGGAUUUUUCUAUCCACCUAUGGCAGCAUCCCAUCAUCAUUACUCACAGCAAACACCUGGUUCACCAGGCCACGGUAAUAAUACUAACAAUAACAUGCAGCCAACAUAUAGCAGCGCUGGUAAUUACGCCCAACAGUCACAAUACCCUCCACCACCAGUCAAUGGGUAUGUUGGUAACCACCACUACAACGGCGGCAGUGGUACAGGACCUUAUAUUGCACCACAUCGUGGCAUGCCAGCACCAAUUGGUAACAUACCUUCACAUAACCCUGAACGAAACCCACUGGAUCUGGCCGGCAGUCGAGAGCAACGUGGCUCAGCAUUUGAGUUGUAUCGCAAACCUCAAAUCGGUACAACAGGACACCAUCACAAUAUGAGCGAAAUGGCACCGUAUGAAGAAAGGUUUGAGGGUUGUUACUCGAUGUCACCACCACCCCCACCGCCAGGUCAUCCAAGCUCACGUUCAAUGUCCAGUUACUCAAAUCAAAUAGCUCCACCACAACUGCCGCCGAAUCAUGAUUCCGAUUAUUACAUUUAUCAAAUGCGCCCUGAGUAUUCGCAAAUGCCUCAACAGUGUUAUGUAGAAAAUUGUAUGCCUCCACCAUUGCCACCGCAUAAAGUGAAGAAGAAAUCAGUAUUGAAGAGUCCUUUAGUGGCUAUUAAAAACGCUUUUAUUAAAACUACAAAGCCUCUGAGGCGUAUGAACAGCAUGGUAGAACCAGAACAGAAACCUAAGUCAUCGAUUAAACGACAGCAUUCAAUGCUAGAACGUGGUAUGCAAAGACCUUAUUAUCCAGAUGAAUAUCCCACAUAUCCAGCAGGAUUUGAGGAUCGGUAUUACCAUGGGCCGCGGAGAAGUGGCAUGCCUUCCAAUAACAUGAUGCCGCGAGAACAGUAUUUCACCCAACAAUACGAUGGUCAAUACCAUUACGAUUUAGUAAAUAGUACAUAUCAAAAUUUAGAAAGUGAAGAUAUAUAUGGAAAUAUGGGUACGGUUCCCCGAAUGCACAGAGGCUUGAGAGGAAAGUAUGAAACUUCCGGGCAUGAAGAUUUAUAUGCAAAUAGAGCUUUCAUUGAUUUGGAGCGCCGGCAAGCAGAGGCAAUGGCAGCUGCUAAUCGAAAUGGUCGUAAGAUAAUACGACGGCAUAGUACAACAACCGCCGACCGUAUGGGUAGUAAAAGACCAACUGUUGGCCCAUCCAAUGGGUCAGACUAUAACCAGGGCGUAUAUCAAAGUAAAGUGGAUGUUUAUAAUCCCCAAAAUCAACGUAGAGCCCCGAAUUCUGAAGUAAUGGCACGGAGACAUUUUUAUAGUGCCACCACGAAUGAAAUUGUAGAACCCACUUAUGAAUACCACAGAGAGCUAACACGCGACAUUCGACGAAAUCAACCGAACGAAUUUAAAAAAGAGACUCAUGAACGUAUAAACAAAGAAAAACAAAAUAUGGAGCAAGGCUGCAGUUCACGUAGUAGUAGUCAAUCAGAGCGUGAUGAAAAAUCCGACCGGGAAUCAAUUUACCAAAGUAGACGCGAAGUCAAAGACAGCGCAUUGAAAACACGUGCCCAAUUAAGAGAACAAAUUUACCAAACUCGUCGGGAAGCAUUAGACAGCAUGGCUGAGCCAAUAUAUGUUUCCAGAAAGAAGGACACUGUUCGGCCAGAACCUAUAUAUGAAACAAAGGAGGAAAGUAUUUUGCAAUCACAUGAAAAUGAGACUGAUGAGAAGAAAGAAGAAAAAACAGAUUGCAACAAUUUCGAACCAGAUCAGAGGAAUGAAUCUUUAAGUCGAUCAGACCUACAGAAAUCUUCAGACACUGUCAUCGAAAACACAGUAAUACAGUCGCACGAUCCUCCUACAGCUAAAGCGCCUAUUGUGAAAAGUGAGGAUGUUGAUGAUGAUUUAGAUGGCUCAGAUAACGACGAAGCAACAUUGGCUCAACUGCCCAACAACGAAUUAAAAGAAAGUGAUGCAGUAAUGAAAACUUUAACCAACGAGUCACGUGAACUCUCGGACGAAGUAUUUGAAACAUUGAAUUUAGUAACUUCGCCUUUAGUUGUAGAGGGGCCACCAAUUAAAGCUUUAGAGCCACCACAGCCUACUAAAUGUGUGAGCACACGUCCACCGCGAGCACCAUUUCACAUUUCAAAUAUCUUAAAACGUACUGGGCCUCCACCGACCGCCGCUAUAUCAGAUAGCCGUACAUCUCUAGAAACACAGUACACAUCGCAAGCUAGUUUACCUGUAGGUCCACCAAAAGCAAGUAGUACACCUUAUACGAGUAAUAUGUCGUUACCGAUCGCCGGCCCUGUGCCUACAACUGCACCGCCGGUUGCAACCACAGCAGCGACAGGAGCAUUUCCCAUCAUCCCACGUGAACCCACCACCACACGUGGCAUCUUUGAUUCGAAUGGCGGAACACUAGCAGACGCUGUUUGGAAUGUUUCCCUGCAGAUACCACCAGGCGCCAUCCCAACUGGCGUGCGGCAAGAAAUAUACUUCACAGUCAGUGACCCAAGGUUGGGAGAGGCCGUUGGUGGACCACCACUGGAUAUGGAAAACGGUGAAACCAUGUUGUCUCCCUUAGUAAUGUGUGGUCCACAAGGACUUGAAUUUCUGGUGCCAGUAACACUUAACAUUCCACAUUGUGCGGGCAGAACAGCAUCCUUGGGUUUGGCGUUGAAGGCGACGGACAGCGAGAAAAAUUUACAUACCGAGUGGGACAAUAUUGACUUACCAAGCAACGCAGCUGCUCAUACAGUCUCAGUGAAAGUUGAUCAUUUCUAGGAUAUCAAAUUUUAUAAUUAAUUUAAUAUAUUCGUAGACGUUAAUAUAAUAUUUAUCAAUAAGAGUCAUAUUGAAAUUAAUCCACCAAUAAUUUGUAACCGCCAAUAUUAUAUAUAAUUAGUAAUCACAGAAAAAAAAAAAAAAAUUAUAUUAUAUAUAAUUAGUAAUCACAGAAAACGUAGUUUGUUUGUAAAUAAAAAAACAAUAUUUUUAUAAAGAAAUAUUAAUUAACUAGAAUAUAGUGCACAACGAUUAAAACCAUGUAUACACCUAAAUAUAAUAUGCAUAAAUUUGUUAAGUCCUUAAAAGAGCAUCAAUAUCUGUGCCUUUAAAUAGGUAUUUUAACAUAUUCAAAUAUUCAAAGAUUUCAUUAAAUAGGUUUAAGACCGUAAUUGUGUAUAGUUAUUCAAUCGAUUACAUUACUAUAAAGUAUAAUCUGUCAAUAAUAAGAAUAUAAUAGGCAUGACAUUAUAUCGUCAUUCAAAUUUAAUAAACUUCCAUUGGCAUUACUCCGGUAGUCAAUGCUGUAUUCCAAAAUAUAUACAUAUAUACGUAUGUACAUAAGUAUAUGCUUUUAAAGAAUUUCAUUAAUAUUUACACAAUUAUUACAUAUUUACAUACUUAUUUAACGGUUUACAUAUUUGAAAAUAAAUACAAAAAAUCUUAUAAAA